AUUUCAGCAUCUGAGGCAAAUACUUCAAAAUUCACCCAUUGGACAUGAAAGAAUUCACUGGAAAAUAAGUGGAAAGACAGAGGGAGAAAUCAGCUGCCAGAGCUCAGAAAGUGUCUGAAGUCCGUCGGAAGAAAACAAGGAUUUAUCUCUGGCAUUCAGAACUCAGAGUGAUAUGGCUGGCAUUCUCCGCAAGCUCGCAGCAUGCAUCCCCUGCGUGUGGAUCUUCCUCAUGCUUUUCAACCCCAGCUUGCAAACCGGGGUUGUAACAGGUCACCGAGAACCCAUUCCUGAUGACAGCAAAGACAACAUCACCAUCUUUACCCGGAUCUUGGACCGCUUGCUGGAUGGUUACGAUAACAGAUUGCGUCCCGGACUAGGAGAAAGUGUGACUGAGGUGAGGACAAACAUCUAUGUGACAAGCUUCGGGCCAGUAUCAGACACAGAUAUGGAGUACACGAUUGAUGUGUUCUUCCGGCAAAGUUGGCGGGAUGAGAGGCUGAAGUUUGAUGGGCCUAUGCAGGUUCUUCCACUUAACAACUUGCUCGCCAGCAAGAUCUGGACUCCGGAUACUUUCUUCCACAAUGGCAAGAAGUCAGUAGCCCACAAUAUGACUACACCCAAUAAACUCCUGCGGCUGGUAGACAACGGAACACUUCUCUACACAAUGAGUUUCUGCUUCCAGUCUACGAUGCAAGCAAGCGAUCUAGUUUCGUCGCACCCAUCAACCUAUGCCUACACCAACAAUGAGGUUAUCUACAUCUGGACAGCAGAUGAUGAGAAAUCUGUUUCUGUGGCUCCUGAUGGCUCUAGACUCAACCAGUAUGACCUGUUGGGCCAUGUCAUUGGCAAAGAGACCAUCAGCUCCAGUACAGGCAAAAGUGAAACAAGCAAGCAGACUGAGAGUUUCAAUGACGAUGCAGUUCUGAUAUUGUGA